AGAAGCAAGCUGCUAACAUGAACGGGUAUUUUAAUUUGACCAAGUCAAUGCCUUCUGCGAGAACAUCGUCAAGAUCACUAUCACUUCACACGUCAACUAUUAAACCAUCAGGCUCACGCUCAAGACAGAUCCGAUUUAACAUCAGGGUCAGCUUGCAGGAUACAGGAGAGGCGUUCCUCAUUCCAAAGUGUGGCUUCAGCAUGAAGAUUAGGGAACUGAAAAGUGUCCUUGAACUGGUUGCUGGAAUACCUACAGAUUUCCAAAGACUGUGCUACCUGGACAAUGGUGUCUUGAUGGAUGAAACCUCAUUCCGGUUUAAUGGCAUUAUUCCUGGAAGCACACUCUCCAUGACAAUAUGGCCCUACAAUGGCUGGCCAGAGCUGGUCAAGGCUGCAGCCACAGGGAGCGUGAAUACGCUGAAGAGUUCGGUGUUCAAGCUGCCACCCUUCCGUUCCUCUAUGCCCAGAGCGACUGACAAUUUGGCAGCAUCCUGGCUCGUCCACCGCCUCUUCUCUGCCCUCUUCAUUAGUGCUCACAGAGGACACCUGCCUGCUGUCCGUUUCCUGCUACAAAAUGGUGCGGACGUUCACUCCCAGACCUCUCGGGGGCGAGCUGCGCUGCACGCGGCGGCGGCGCGGGGCCAGGCGGGCUGCAUGCGGGAGCUGCUGGCCCAGGGCGCCGAGCUGCAGCUGCAGGACGGGGAGGGGCUGACGGCCGUGGGAGUGGCCAGGUGCCUGGGACAAGGCCGGAGCGUGGGCCAGCUCUUCCUGUGGGACUGGCAGCAGAGGGCCAAGGGGCUCCGGCCCAUCCCCCCCCCGCAGGAGGGAGAACUGUUUCCCCAUCAGCGUUUCGACUCCUGCCUGAAGACCUGGCUGUGUGGCCCUGAGGCUCAGCAGUACAGAGCUGACCUACAGGGCAGGGGCCGACCCAGGGGCCCGGCCAGGAAGGGACAGUUAUAG